AUUUAAGUUAAGAUUAGCAUAUUGUAUCCAAACACUAUUGUUUUAAUUAAAUAAACACAUUUAAUUAGUCAAUAAUGAAAGCUAUCGAACGAGUUUUCAAAUAAAGGGAUGACGAUUUGAUUAGACCAUAGCAAUCAAUGUGAAUAAUGAUUCUUUCAAAAAGAAAAGAAAAAUCUGAAUAAAUUAUUAAUAUAAUAUUAUAAUAUAAUGUAAAAGUAAGAAAUGAGCCGUUAUUAACUUAUUUGGAACUUGGAAGCGAUACGCGUUGUUUAAGUAAAGCCAAAUUCGGGCGGAGAAAGGGUGGAGAAGAGAAUUGGCGCAGUAAAACAGCACGAUUCAGUUCCCGAAUUUCCCGAUCGGCGGAAUUUGCCGGUGUUAUUCGCCACCGGCUGAUUUCGUUGGUGAAGGAGUCGGUUUUGUUGAUCUGCGCAGUGCAGUUCAGCACAUUCAAUGUGAGAUCUUUAUACGGCGCCAUUGUUUCCGCUUUCCCGCUUUUUCGUUGCGAGAGGCGGAUCUGUAGAGUAUUGUGUUCUGUCAUAGACUCAUAGCUGUCGUAAUCGGCGAGAAGUUAUUGGUAGUUGAAAUUUUAAUUGAGGUAUAACUGGUGAGUGAGAAAGAGAAAUCAGAGAUGGAGGGAGAGAAGAAAUCAUCAUCAGCAGUGUCGGAUGUGGGUGCGUGGGCUAUGAACGUUAUCAGCUCCGUUGGAAUCAUUAUGGCGAACAAGCAGCUCAUGUCAUCCAAUGGAUAUGCUUUUAAAUUCGCCACAACAUUGACUGGUUUCCACUUUGCCGUUACUGCAAUUGUUGGCAUGAUAUCAAAUGCUACGGGAUUGUCUACAUCAAAGCACGUGCCCUUUUGGGAACUUCUUUGGUUCUCAAUUGUAGCUAAUAUGUCUAUCACGGGGAUGAAUUUGAGCCUCAUGCUGAACUCAGUUGGAUUUUACCAAAUUUCAAAACUGAGCAUGAUUCCGGUGGUCUGUAUAAUGGAAUGGAUCCUUCACAGUAAGCAGUAUUCGAAAGAAGUUAAACUGUCUGUGGUGAUUGUGGUUAUAGGUGUGGGUGUUUGCACUGUGACUGACGUAAAGGUGAAUGCCAAAGGAUUUCUGUGUGCUUGUGUUGCAGUUGUUUCAACAUCGUUACAACAAAUUUCAAUAGGUUCUCUGCAGAAGAAGUACUCUAUUGGAUCCUUCGAAUUGUUGAGCAAAACAACUCCAAUUCAAGCUGGCUCUCUUCUUGUGCUGGGUCCUGUAAUUGACUACUAUCUUUCAGGAAAUUUGAUUUUCGACUACAAUUUUGGUGCUGGAGUCAUUAUGUUUAUACUUCUGUCAUGUUCUCUGGCUGUGUUCUGCAACGUGAGCCAGUACCUGUGCAUAGGCCGUUUUUCAGCUGUUUCCUUUCAAGUGUUGGGUCACAUGAAAACAGUGUGCGUCCUUAUUUUGGGAUGGAUCUUGUUUGAUUCCCAACUGACUUUCAAGAACAUCAUGGGCAUGAUUGUAGCCGUUGUUGGUAUGAUAGUUUAUAGUUGGGCAAUGGAGCUCGAAAAGCAGGCGCACGCGAAGACGAUACCCCACGCCAAGAAUAGCUUGACAGAAGAGGAAUUCAGAUUGCUGGAGAGAAUAGACUCAGGUCCUGCUAAGGAUCCCGAGAUGGGUGGAACAAAGCCAUAGCCAUCGGAGCUCCGGUGAGUCUCUUCGAGCUCGAUGUCGGGAUCGGGUUCCCACCAUCUUAGUUUGUGUAGUCUAUAGUGUAAUCCCAUUUAUACUGUUUCAGCAAGACGCUAUUCAUUUGUUAGACCACAUAUAUAAUUUCAGAAUAUUCGAGGUUAGAGGCAAGUUGAAUGAAGAGAGGGGAGAGGAAGCUCUAUUUGUUUGGUUUUCCAUAAAUUGUGGAUGUGUGAAUGGAAACGAAAAUUCAGAUCUUUAUUAUUUUCAA